AUGGCAAGCAGUCAAACAAGUAACGAACGCUGGUUAGAAAUGGAUGUCAUUUUGCUCAAACAGUCAGAUGUCGAGAAAAAAAACCGUGGCUUAAUAUCCGGUACAGAAGUACAUAUGAUUCGCACGAUGAUCAAAGUUAAUACAGGGUGUUGUGAGUUAGCUCUCACGGCAUCUUUAGUCGAACAGCUUGAUUUGGAAUAUUUCGAUACCGUGUCGGUGUCCUCUAGUACACAUAACAAUGUUCUUAUAAAACGAUAUGGACCAGUGCUUAUUCAUUGGGAAAGAAUCAUCGCUCCUGCUUACGCUUAUUGUAUGCCAUGUUUGGAUGCGCCACUAUUAGGUCUAAAACCACUGCUUCAAUUUAAACCUGAUUUCGAUUGGAGCAAUAACACGUUACGACGUAGUAUUCUUUCUUUUCCUUAUAAACGAUUUUACAUCAAUCUCAAUGAAAUUGAGAAAGUUAUUGGUGAUGACAACAUCAAACGCUUUUCAGAUGAAUACAACGUUCAAAUUUAUCUUACCAAUGAAGGAGGUAGUAAAAUGAUACUUACUCUUUCAGCAAAUCGUUUCGAUGUUGAUCUGGACUUAGUUGCGCUAGCUGUAACUGAAUUGGCGGCAAGUGUAAAGCCAAUCGAGUGA